AUGCUGGCCCAAGCUCCUGGACCCUUCCACCCCAGCGCUCCUUCGGGUGGGGCACCGAAAAAGACCAAGGCCAGCGAGAUCGACCUCUCGCUGCGCUUCAGAUUUGGGAUACAUACCAUAUUCCUGCUGGUGUCGCCCCUGACGACAUUUGAUGACAUCUCAGUUGAGCUGCUGUCCGCCAUCCGCGAGCGCUACCCGCGCGGCCUCAGCUCGUCGAGGAUUUCUCCAAACGACACCCCCAUCCCCGGCGAGGGCGAAGAGGUCACUGUCGUGUACGGGGCGCUUGCCAGCAGGCACAACCUUGAGUCGUGGCGCGACCUCAAGAUCCAGGGCUCAGAGACGCCGGUCAGCAAGAGCAUCAAGGACGGGACCGACAUUGCCUUUCUCGUGCGCACUCCCGACGAGGAGGAUGACCCGGUCAAGUUUGUAGUCGAGUGGCCAAGGUUGGACGAUGAUGAUGAGGAGGAGGAAGAGCAAUGA